AUGAGCCAGAUUGUGACACGCAAGGGACCGGUGGGGGAGGAUAAAGAUAAGAGACAAACGGACAGUCCGGUUAAAGACAUGAAGAAGAAAUUAGCAGCGAAUGCUGAGAAAGAAAAGCAAGCGGCCGAGAAAAACGCAGAAAAAACACAAACAGACAAAAAGAUAGACAAGGGAGCGGAGAAAACACAAAGUGACAAGAAAGGAGAGAAAGUUAGCGACAAGCAAACAAAUGAGAAGAAAAAUGAUAAAGUCGCUGAGAAACAGGUAGAGAAAAAGACGGAGAAAUUAGAUAAGAGUGCUGAGAAACCGGACAAGAAGGAAAAAGUUGACAAGAAUACAGAUAAGAAAGAUAAGACGGAGAAAAUUGCGGACAAGAAAGAUUUAGAAAAGAAGGAGACUGAAAAAGUACAGGAGAAAAAGGAGAAAUCAUCGGACAAAAAAGAUCCUGCUCCGGCCGAGGUAGCGAAAGAAGAUUCAGCUGCGAAAGAAACAGGCAAGCCCGAGGCCGAGUGCUCUAAAUCGAAGUCCAAGGAGUCAUCCGUACCUAACGUAGCUAACGCCGCGAACGUCACUAACGGCGCUAACGUCACGAACGGCGCUAACGUCACGAACGUGGCUAACGUCGCGGGCGUCACGAACGGUGUGAACGGGGACGCGACCAACGGGGACACGGUGAGUUCGGAGGACGAGGAUGACCGGGACGACAUGUUCCCGGAGCUGGCAUACGACGACUCGGACGGAGACUUCGAGCCGCCGACACCAGAGGGCAGGAGCUACACCAGGAGGUCACAGGUGAAGUCGGCUCGGACGCCAGAGACGCCGCGCCCCGCCUCCGACAAGAGGGAACGGGAUGAGGACUCCAAGGUUCUCAAGUUGAAAGAGGACACUCCUCUAUCAGACCGUAAGCUGCGAUCUUCAGGCUCGCCCAAACCUGACAAGAAGAAGGAAUCACCGAGGAAGAAUGAUACACCUACAAUAUUGGAGGAGACUCGACCCGGCGACACGCACGGGGACACUGAAGGUGAGGCCGCGACCCACACGAUAUAUAUACUAUACAUCCCCUCCCCACCACCUGAUGAUAAACACCUGUACAAGCGUGUGAAGGUCGACACCAACUACUCGAGGUCAAGGGUCAAGGUGUCGCCCUACCGCCGCCUGCACGACGACAGCUCGCUACUGGCAGACUACACAGGUAACAACAGUACCAUGGAGAUGGACAUCACUGAGUCCUCGUGGGCCGAGGCCUCUUACUUCAGCGGCCUGAGGAGCAUCCGGGGCCGGCGGUCCUACAAGACCUACAAGGACUCGCGGGACACGCCCCUCGACAGACACGCCCACCCGGGACACUCGUCCGAAGCCCCGGUCCGUCCCACAGGUACGGUGGUGGGUCGCAAGCGUCGUCCGGAGGGCGAAGGCGCCGGGGCGGAGGCUGAGGGCGGCAAGAGAGCCCGACUUGUGGAAAAACUCACACGGCCCUUCAGAAUGGCGACUACUACUAUACCUGUUAGGAGUCACGCCGAGAUCGUCGGCAUCAACACUGAUCUGCCUCUCUCAGCACCUGUAUCAUCUGAGGCGUUUGACCCCGAGGCUCUUAAACACGAGGUCCCUACGCCCAGACCGGUCCUACAGGCCGAGCAUACAGACAAGGAUAGCCGGAAGUGCGUCAUCGUGUAG